AUGUCUGGUCUCAUCAACAAGGUUAAGGAAGCUAUUCACUCCGAUAAGGAUAAGAAGCACGACUCUACCACCACCGACACCCACGGCACUCACAACACUCACAACACCUCUUCUGGCCUUCCUGAGGGCAGUGUCGGCCCCCACAGCAGCCGUGCUGCUAACGCCGCUGACCCCCGAGUCGACUCUGACUUGGACAGCUCCCGACGCACCGGAGCUGGACACACCACUGGUGGACUAGGCUCUACCACCGGCACUGCUGGCCACACCACUGGUGGACUAGGCUCUACAACUGGCACUACUGGCCACACUACCGGCGGAAUUGGAUCUCACUCCGAGAACAUGGGCCGUUCUUCUGGCCUUCCUGAGGGCAGUGUCGGCCCCCACAGCAGCCGUGCUGCCAACGCUGCUGACCCCCGCGUUGACUCCGACCUCGACAGCUCCCGACGCACCGGAGCUGGACACACCACUGGUGGACUAGGCUCUACCACCGGCACUGCUGGUCACACCGCUGGCGGCAUCGGCUCUCACUCCGAGAACAUGCCCGGACGUACUACUGGCAUGACUGGCAACACCGGUAUGACUGGAACUGGUAUGACCGGAACUGGCCGCCACUCCGAGAACAUGCCCGGCCACUCCACCGGACUCGGCUCUACCGGCCACUCUUCUGGCCUUCCUGAGGGCAGUGUCGGCCCCCACAGCAGCCGUGCUGCCAACGCUGCUGACCCCCGCGUUGACUCCGACCUCGACAGCUCCCGACGCACCGGAGCUGGACACACCACUGGUGGACUAGGCUCUACCACCGGCACUGCUGGUCACACCGCUGGCGGCAUCGGCUCUCACUCCGAGAACAUGCCCGGACGUACUACUGGCAUGACUGGCAACACCGGUAUGACUGGAACUGGUAUGACCGGAACUGGCCGCCACUCCGAGAACAUGCCCGGCCACUCCACCGGACUCGGCUCUACCGGCCACUCUUCUGGCCUUCCUGAGGGCAGUGUCGGCCCCCACAGCAGCCGUGCUGCCAACGCUGCUGACCCCCGCGUUGACUCCGACCUUGACAGCUCUCGCCGCUCUGGAGGUCUCGGUGGUAACACCUACGACCAGACCACUACUGGCACUUCUGGCUUCUCCAGCCACGGUACCGGUGCUCACGGUCCUACCGGUACUCACAGCUCUGGCCUGAGCGGUACUCACUCUGGUUCUCACAUGACCGGCAACACCGCCUAUGACAGCACCAACCCCGGACCUGCCCCCAAGACUGCUGGUCCUCACAAGUCUGACAUGCUCAACAAGGCCGACCCUCGCGUCGACUCCAACCUUGACGGCAGCAAGACUCUUGGAAAGGAGAAGACCUUUGAGACUUCCGAACCCAACUUUGCCGGCCGUGACCCUACCGACGCUACUCAGGUUCCCCCUUCCAUCAUGCAGAAGCAUGUCCCUACUGAGAUCGCUCACGACAACCUUGAGUCGGAUCACAGCCGCCGACACAGCAGCGUUGACAAGGAACACCACCGUGGCCUGUAA